GUUUAAUCUACCUAAUCCUAAACUCCGUCCUUCGUGACUAUCUGUCCCAUCGACUUUCAUCCCCUUUGGCUUGCUAGAGUGUUGCCUACCGAACUCAAACCGGUGGAUUGCGAGUUACUGAGCGCAUUUGCAAAGUUGCCGGGUGUUGAGCUGAAAGAUAUAUGGACCGCUGCCUACCUUAUCUCCAUCAAGGAUCGACUGAACGUUCUCCAGCCAUCAGGAGUCUAUGAGAUUCCUUCUACACUUAGCAGUAAGAUAGACGAAUGGUCCAUUCGGUACUUUCUGGACCCUACGAUUUCUGCAUACAAGUCCGAGGAGUGGCCAAAAAGAAACUAUUGCGCAAGCUCAAAGCUCGACCAGACUGGGGUUUAACGGAGGCAGUCGCCAACCACAAGCCUGCCAUGCGUGUUAUCACACAAGAAAUCGGAUCACGCUUUAUCCAUCACCGCAACGUGACCAAAGAAGAGAUUGGACGAUCUUUCGGAACCUUUGACAAGACCCUCCAGGCAUUCACGGGUGAGUCGGUUGGUAUUGCCGAGUUGUGUGAGAGGAUCAUCACUGCUGUUGGUGGCAAGUCCUGUGAUACUGUGGUCUCAAUUCCUCUGAUGGCCCGUGUCGCUUUCCUGCGCAAUAGCUUUGCACUUCGUGCUGGAUGCUCCACAGAUGGCAAGGCUAGUGCUGGCUGGUGGGAUGAGGUCGAUGCUGAUCUGAAAGAACUGCGAGAGAAGAAAGACAAUAAUCAAAUGCGCAUUACGGUAGUCCUCCGCAAGAUGCUCGACGAUGAUCGUGCUAACUAUGGCAAUACCGCUUCUGUGGGUGAUCUGAGCAGCUAUCCUGCAGAGGCCCAAGUUGUCGCUGAUGAUUGAUCUGAGUACGGGAGUUCAUGAUCACUACAUUCCUUGACUUCACCGUCAUUCUUUUCACUUUAAAGUUUUAAGAUACCGUCCACUGUUUUAAUUCUUGAUUAAUGCUAUACAAUCUGCGUUGACAUUUACAUGAGCAAUUAGCGCAGUAUCUCCAAUGAACAAAAUACGCCGGUCUAAGGGAAGCUCAGCAGAAUAGAGAGAAAUAAGAUGGAUUAUGGACAUGACAUCAAAUGUAAGAUAAUACA